AUGCAAGCAGUUCGAGCAUCACCAGAGCCUCGUAAAUCCUUAACCAUCACAGAACCACCGCAUCACGUUGAGUUCACCAACGAUACGGGCACUACGCUCACCUGUUCCACUAGAGGCCAAUACCAGUUGGAGUGGUUACUCACGGAUAAUAGUCCCGUGACGUCACUGGCAGGGCUUCGCAGGGUGCUCCUAAACGGCUCCUUGGAAUUCCCGCCCUUCUCGUCGGAGCGCUACCGGCGAGACGUACACGCGGCCACGUACCGCUGCAGGCUCCGGUUGAGCUCCGGGUUUGCUAUCCUAUCUAAGAACAUACACCUACAUGCAGUGCUAAAUAUACCAUGGGAGGUGCAUGUACCAGACGAGUACGUGAUGGCGGGGAACGCCGCCGUCUUGCGGUGCGUCGUGCCUGCGCACUGCACGGACCGCGUCGAUGACACCGACUGGUUCACAGUCGAUGACACCAGCGUGUUCCAAUAUUUAGGUUCAAAAUACUCCCGUCUGGACGACGGGUCUCUAUACAUAAGCUCGGUGAGCGCGGGCGACCGGUACACGGCGUUCCGGUGUCGGGUCCGUGACCGCGUUACAAGAUCUUCAUAUUCUAGUCAAUAUUUUGGUCAUGUAAUAGUAACAGAACCAAAAGGUGGAGUGCGACCGCGUAUAGCGGUUGAGUCACGCUCUAGAAGAGUUUCAGUGGGACGAGAUGUGCGGCUGCCGUGCGCCGCGCACGCCUGGCCUGUGCCCAGUUACAGAUGGUUUCGUGAACACCACGAACAACUCGUACCAAUAGAAAAGACGUCGCUGUGGCCGCGGGCGUCGGUGCUCGGCGGCCUGCUCAGUAUACAAAGGCUGCAGCGGGAAGACGCGGGCAGGUUUAUCUGCUGGCUCAAUAAUACUGCCGGCGGCGAGUCAGCUCAUUUCACUAUCAUUGUUACAGAACCAAUAUCCGUCCGUAUGAAACCAGAAAUGUUACGAACAAAAUUCAACGCAGAUGUGAGUUUCGACUGUAAGGUGUCCGGUCAUCCCAUAGAAGUAGUAUAUUGGAUACAUGAUGGUAAAGUCGUGAAGGAUACGGAAAGGAUCCGAAUAUCAGACGAUGGCCUAAAACUACAUAUCAAAAAUUCACAACAAAACGACCAAGGCGUGUAUCAAUGUUUUGCAAGUAAUACGCGAGAUCAGGCGUAUGGAAUUACAGAAUAUAUAAUCGACGCAUCAGAAGGUCGGGGGCGUGCCGUCGGCAACCGUUCGAGACGCGCGCCCUUCGCGCGCAGCACACACACACAUGACAGUGACUGGAAUUUUACAGGCACGAGAGAAUCGAAACCAGAACUGGUAUAUUGGUUCUCGGAGCAGACUCUUCAGCCUGGGCCUAGUGUGUCACUCAAAUGUGUCGCGAUGGGUCAUCCUACGCCACAAUUCACGUGGCUUUUAGAUGGAUUUCCCAUUCCAACAAAUUCGAGGUUUGUUGUCGGCCAACAUGUGACACUCCAAGACGAUGUUGUUAGCCAUCUCAACAUCAGCCGAGUGACUGAGCAAGACGGCGGAGAGUACGCGUGCGCCGCCGCCAACUCCGCGGGCCGAGCGCUGCACGCGGCCAGGGUCAACGUAUACGGUCUCCCGUACAUACGGGAAAUGCCGAAAGUGACGGCGGUAGCGGGCAGUGAUUUGAACAUUAAAUGCCCUGUUGCCGGAUAUCCGAUCGAGUCGAUCUCAUGGGAGAGAGAUGGCCAAACUCUACCAUUAAAUCGACGGCAGAAGGUUUUUCCCAACGGAACCCUCAUAGUGGAGCAGACUCAACGUGGCGAAGACGCUGGCACUUACACCUGCCAAGCAGCAAACAGGCAACGACACGUCGCGCGGAGGGACGUGGAAGUACAAAUCCUAGUUCAACCAAAGAUAUUGCCAAUUCAGCCGCUGACGAAUUUAUUAAGGGAGGGCAUGAGAGCAGCUAUUUCCUGUCAGAUAUUGGAGGGCGAUUUGCCGAUUGCAUUCCGCUGGGAGAAAAAUGGGCAGCCUGUGACAUCGUCACCAUAUGCCCCCAGUGGUAUAAUAACAAGAAGAAUGGAUGAAUACAGUGCUUCACUAGUAAUCGAACAUAUAACAUCACUUCAUAGUGGAAAUUAUACGUGUAUAGCCUCAAAUGUUGCUGGAUCUGAGCGGUUUACUGUACCUCUGACCGUGAACGUACCUCCACGAUGGAGAAUGGAGCCCAACGAUGUGGCCGUUGCUGCCGGUCAAGAUGUGACCUUGCAAUGCCAGGCUGACGGAUAUCCAAAACCUAAUAUAACGUGGAAGAAGGCCGUUGGCAACACUCCUGGAGAAUAUAAGGACUUUAUGUUUGAAGGAAGCUCCAGGGUUUUGGAUAAUGGUUCUCUGGUGUUUGAACGGGUCGCAAAAGAUAGCGAAGGCCACUACUUAUGCGAAGCGCGCAAUGAUAUAGGAGCAGGACUUAGUAAACUUAUUUUUCUAAAAGUCAAUGCACCUGCUCGAUUUCCGAUGAAGAGUAAAACAGUGCAAGUGACAGCUGGUGAAGCGGCUCAUUUACAAUGUGCUGCAUCAGGUGAUGCACCACUCGAAGUAAGCUGGCGAAGUCCUCAUCAUCAUACGAUUGCUCAUCAUCUAGAUCAAAGGUAUACCAUACGAGAGCAAGUAUUAGAUGACGGGCUAGUUUCUGAGUUGAGCAUACUUCAAACAUAUCGCCAAGACACAGGAGCUUUAACAUGUCGAGCCUCUAACGCAUACGGACAGGAUGAAAUGUUGAUACAUCUCGUAGUUCAAGAGGUUCCAGAAAUGCCAAAAAAUAUACGAAUCAUAGAUCAACAAUCACGAUCUAUUCAAAUUUCUUGGACUCAACCAUACGCAGGCAACAGUCCUAUUAUAAAUUACAUCGUCCAAUAUAAGGAAGCACCAGAGCCAUGGCCAACAACACCACAAAAAGUAAUAGUCCCUGGGAGUGUGACUUCAGCCAGUGUCCAAAAUCUCCAACCCGCUACAUCUUACCACUUGCGUAUAAUUGCUGAAAAUCGUCUCGGACAAAGCGAACCCAGUCAACUCGUACAAGUUACAACAACUGAAGAAGUACCGAGUGGGCCACCUUUAGACGUUCGAGUUGAAGCAAAAAGUUCGACGGAAUUAACCGUCAGUUGGGAUCCACCACAACGAGACCUUUGGAAUGGAAACAUUUUAGGAUAUUACGUAGGAUUUCAAGAAUUAAACAGUAAUAGUACCAUUCUAAGUGCAAGCGGCCCUGGCGGCGCUUCUUACACCGUGCGAACAGUGGAGGGCGCGGGCACGGCGCGCGCGCGCACCACCCUGGCGGGCUUGCAGAAGCAUGCGGCGUAUGCGGUGGUCGUCCAAGCGUACAACAGUCGCGGCGCGGGACCUGCCUCGCCGCCCACUACUGCCACUACUAUGGAAGAUGUGCCAAGUUUGCCACCUGGCUCGCUUCAAUGCUCGGCGCUCAGCUCGCAGUCAGUGCGAGUGACGUGGGAGCCGCCGCCGGCGCGCGGCCGCAACGGCGUCCUGCAAGGGUACAGGGUUACAUAUGCCCCCGUCACCGACUGGUAUGGUAGUGAAGAGGCCGUAACAAAACAAAUAUCAGGAUUGCACACAACGCUAUCGGGUCUGCGUCGAUACACGAACUACUCGGUGACCGUGUGCGCCUUCACUGCCGCAGGCGACGGCGUCAGGGCGGCGCCGGUGUAUUGCCACACUGAAGAAGACGUACCAUCGGCGCCAGCUGACAUCAAAGCAGUUGUAUCUUCGCGGAAUAAAAUAUUAGUAUCUUGGUUGCCUCCCGCUUCGCCUAAUGGGGUCCUUGUCGGAUAUACUCUUUAUAUGAGCGUCAUUGAAGACGGCCGUGAGGAAGGGACUCACAAGCGCAUGCUGUCCCCGAGCACGCUGGCGCACGAGACGGCGCGCUCGCCGCCGCGCGCCACGCACCAGUUCUGGGUGUCCGCCUCCACGCGCCUCGGCGAAGGGGACGCUACGAGAGUCGUCACUGUAUUGCCCACUGACACUGUACCGGCAAGAAUAACAUCAUUCAGCCGCAGUAUAGUUACGCCAUGGAAAGAAAAUAUAUCUCUAGCCUGCAACAAAGUAGGUGUUCCCAUACCCUCUACUACUUGGAGCAUGAACGGUGUUCUACUAGAGUCCACUUUGAGAAAGAAUGUUACAAGCGACGGGACUCUUGUAAUUAGCAUGACUCAAUACGCGGACAGCGGGAACUACACGUGCCUGGUGGAAAACGCGCACGGCCGCGACGAGGUGGCGUACGGUGUGGAGGUGAAGGUGCCGCCGCAGCCGCCGGUGCUGGCCGUCGUCGACUCCUACGCUGACUCGCUGCACUUGCAGUGGAGCGACCAGGGAGAUGGCGGCAGUCCUAUCCUAGGUUAUGUAAUAAACUAUAAACGAGAACACGGAGACUGGGAAGAAUUACAAGUAGAAGCUGGUACAUCGGAACACGUUUUGCCCAACCUUUGGUGCGGAACGCGCUACCAGCUAUACAUUACCGCCUUUAAUCGUAUUGGCACUGGGUUGCCGUGUGACAUCGUCCACGCCUACACUAAGGGCACUGUGCCAGUAAAACCCAAACAUUCACAAAUGAUAACAUUGAACACCACAACAGUGACGGUAUGGCUAGACUCGUGGGGCGACGGCGGCUGUGGGAUACUGUACUUUGUUAUAGAGUACAGGGAGAUCAGUCAAUCGCAGUGGCGACUGGUGUCGAACAGCGUGCAAGCAACGGAGCGCGUGUUCAGCGUGAGCGGGCUCGCCGCCGCCGCGCACUACCAGCUGCGCAUCACGGCGCACAACAACGCCGGCCACGCGCUCGCGCUCUACAACUUCACGACGCACUCCUUGACUGGCAUGUUAGAAGGUGAAGUCUCUCCAGCAGUACCGGCGGCCGGCACGCGGUCUCUGGGCGGCGCGCGAGUGUUGUUACCAGCUGCGUUGUCUCUACUUGUUCUAGCUGCUUUAGUAGCCAUUGUACUACUUGUUAGAAGAAAUAAAGCAGGUCCAGCAGAGACGGCGGCGCCGGAGGGCGGCGUGGGCGAGUCGCCGUCGGUGGCGCAACUGCAGAACAAGGCCAACCGCGACCAGCAGUACCUCGCGGCGCGCGCGCCGCUGCCCGCGCCCGCGCACCACUACAAGCACGCGUCCAACGAGUAUAUCGAAGACAUCUGUCCGUACGCGACGUUCCAGCUGACGAAGCCGAGUGCCUACAGCGAGAGCAGUUACAGUGGAAACGUGUACAGCGGCCCCUACCACUCCGUCAGAGGGUCUUUCGUCUACCAUGACCUCAAGCAAAAUGAUAAAUACAAAGGAAAAGAACCUGAAUACACAAAAGUGAGAAGAAAAGGAAAUAGACUCCGUGAUCCUCAUUCAGAGAGUCAAGAGUACGAGGACGACGCCAGCGACGACGCCAGCGCGCCGCGCUCCGACAGCGAGCCAGGCGCGCGCCUGCGCCCCGCGCACCCCACCGCCUACCCGAGUGUAGAGCGCGAGGAGUCGUCGUCGUCGUCGGAGACGUCUGCGGGCGGCGCCGCGCGCAAGGCCUUCCCCUCGCGCAAGGGCAAGGCCGGCGCGCUCGGCAAGCGCCACGUGCGCUCCUCCAGCGGCUACAGCAGCCACAACGACGAGACCACGUUCAGACGACACAGAGUGCGAGGGCCGCCGCCGCCGCAAGCGCGCGCACGCGCUCGCCUGCGACCCCAAGAUGACACGAGAAGCCUUCCAGAU